AUGGCAGGAGCGCUCUCACUUGCAGCAUCGGGUGGCUGGUUUGGUAAUGACGGAAGCUGGUCGACGUUCCUCGUUCAUGUGGGAAGUCCACCACAGACAUUCAACGUGUUGCCUGCAACACAAGCUGCAAACAUCUGGCUUCCCAUCGCUGAUGAGUGUAUGAGGCUGCAGAACGGCUCGGCUUCGUGUGGCAACUCUCGAGGUGUGACGCCUUUUCAACAACGUCCGAGUCCUGGGUUUCAAGCGAAUAUGUCGUCAACCUGGAAAACCAUUGGCCUUUAUGAACUCGGAAUGGGAAGGAUCCACGAAAUCAACGGGAAUGGCCUCCAAGGAUUCGACAGUGUUGAACUGAACGACUUCACAAUGGAGGGUCAGGCGAUCACCGCCUAUGCCUCACCCGGUUUCUGGAUCGGUCAGAUGGGACUAUCGCCAUUGCCACUGAACUUCUCAGAGACAAUAAGCUCGCCAUCUUUGAUGUCAGCCCUCAAAGAUGAGGGCCAUAUACCCAGUCUAUCGUAUGGAUAUCAAGCUGGUGCUUCGUAUCGCAAAACCAGAAUACCCGCCAGUCUCGUUCUCGGAGGAUACGACCUGUCACGCUCGUCAGAACCCUUGACGGUCGACAUCAAUUCCGAUCUGUCCAAAGCUCUUACAGUCGGACUCCAGGAUAUCAUAGUGACCGAUUCGCUGAACGGAACACUUUCGAUGGUUGAUAACGAACGGAUACUAGCCCCGAUCGAUUCGUCCAUUCCAGACAUGUGGCUCCCCAAAUCUGUUUGCGACCGCUUCGAAUCUGCAUUUGGCCUGGAGUAUCAUGAAAGGUCUGGGAGCCAGUAUGCUAUAGGCAGGGCGUUUCUACAAGAAGCCUACAUCGGCGUUGACUUCGAGGCUGGCACAUUCAAUGUCAGCGCAGCAAAAUGGGACGACGUAAAGCCUGAGAUUGUAACGAUCUCAGCGCACGACGCGCUGUAUUCAACUCCACAGUUGGCUGGUAUGGCUUUCCACGAGCUCCCCGCUAAGCACGGCGAUAGCGAACUUUGGGAGGCAGAAAUGAUACCUGAACUGGGUAGUAAUGAGUGUGCGCACGAAUUGCAUCCGGACUGCGUUCGGUGA